AUGUGUAUGGAUUAUAAAGAUCUAAACAAGGCUUGCCCAAAAGACAGCUUCCCUUUGCCCAAGAUAGACCGGCUGGUAGAUUCAACGGCAGGUCAUGCUUUGAUGUCCUUCAUGGAUGCAUACUCGGGUUUUCACCAAAUUCCCUUGUGGCCAGAUGAUCAAGAGAAAACGUCAUUUGUUACUGAGCAAGGCCUCUAUUGCUACAAAGUGAUGCCAUUCGGCUUAAAGAAUGCGCCGGCCACAUUUCAACGUCUGGUCAACACUGUCUUCUCUGGUCAGUUAGGGCGCAAUAUUGAAGCCUACAUUGAUGAUAUGAUAGUAAAAAGUAAACAACGUGAAGAACACUUGGCUGACCUAAGAGAAACUUUUGAGACGCUCCGAAAAUACCAGAUGAGGUUGAAUCCAAAGAAGUGUGUUUUUGGGGUAACGGCUGGAAAGUUCUUGGGAUUUCUCAUUGAUGAAAGGGGAAUCGAGGCCAAUCCUGACAAAGUACAAGCAGUAAUAGAUAUGACGUCGCCAAAAUCAGUCAAGGAAGUCCAACGCCUGACGGGGUGUCUAGCAGCCCUAGGGCGGUUUUUAUCAAGGGCGGGUGACAAGUGUCAUUACUUCUUCGACACGAUCAAGAAAAAGAGCAGAUUUGAAUGGACUGAGGCGGCAGAAACUGCCUUCGUCCGAUUAAAGGAACACCUCCACACCUUACCUCGGCUUGUCAGUCCUCUCCAGGGGGAAACUUUGUAUGUAUAUUUGGCCAUUUCCGAGUGGUCCUUGAGUGCUGUCUUGCUGACUGAAAGGGAAGGAGUGCAACUCCCCGUCUAUUUUGUGAGCCAUGUCCUGCAGAACGCCGAAUUAAGAUAUUCCCCAAUUGAGAAGUUCGCACUUGCGCUGUUUAUGGCCAGCAAGAAGCUGCGCCCUUAUUUUCUGGCACACAAAUUAGUGGUAUACACAGACCAACCCUUGAAACAACCCCUUACUAAACUAGACGCUGCUGGGCGAAUGCUGAAAUGGGCAAUUGAGCUAAAUGCAUUUGAUAUCUCAUAUGAGCCUCGAAAAGCUAUCAAGGGACAAGCAUUUGCUGAUUUUAUUGCAGAAAUGACGAGGCCGAAUUUUGAAAAGAAUGUGGCGACUCGCUGGACAGUCUACGUAGAUGGCUCGUCAACCCAGAGCGGGUGUGGAGCCGGCAUAAUAUGUCAGUCUCCUGAAGGAGACAAGUAUGAAUAUUCCAUGAGAUUCAACUUCCAAACGUCCAACAAUGAAGCAGAAUAUGAGGCUUUAUUAGCCAGUAUAAAAAUGUGCAAAGCCGCUGGAGCUCAAGAGAUACUUGCCUUCUCUGACUCUCAGCUCAUUGUGAGCCAAGUGAAUGGGGACUAUGAGGCAAGGGACCCUAACAUGAUCAAAUAUAUGCAAGCUGUGCAUCAAGAAGUAGAACAUCUAAAGAGCUUUGAAGCUAAGCAGAUUCCCAGAACGGAGAACAAUCAGGCCGAUGCCCUGUCGAAGCUGGCUAGCUCGGCUUCCUGUGAUACUCCGCGUCACGUGUUUUGGGAAGUAAAGGAUAAGCGAAGUAUUGAGCAGGAAUUGUGCGCUCCUACAGUAGCUGUCCUAGAUCGGUCAUCAACAUGGAUGGACCCUAUCAUUGCUUACAAAAUGGACGGUACUCUUCCAGACGAUUCAAGUCUGGCUGCCAAACUACAAAAAAAGAGUUCUUGGUUUGAAUGGUGGAAUGGAGUUUUGUACAAAAAGUCAUUUUCCAGACCUCUCCUGCGGUGCGUCACUCCCGAGAAAGGAAAGGAAAUUCUAGACGACUUGCACCAAGGAUUAUGUAGUUCCCACAUUGGAGGACGAGCCCUAGCAGAGAAAGCUUUGCGAACUGGUUAUUAUUGGCCCACUUUGAGAGAAGACGCCCUAGUCAUGGUGCAAAAAUGUGACAAGUGCCAACGGUUUGCUCAUCUCAUCCACAGGCCGGCCCGCCCACUCACUCCUAUUAUGAGUCCCAUUCCGUUUGCCAAGUGGGGGAUGGAUCUGUUAGGGCCAUAUACAGCGGCCCCUGGAGGUCGGCGUUAUGUGAUAAUUGUUGUUGAUUACUUCACCAAGUGGGUUGAAGCAGAAGCUCUCAAAAACAUAAAGACAAGUGAUUUUGAGACGCCUAAACUGAAGGAGUGGUUAGCAGAUCACGGCAUACACAGCUGUUUUGCCUCAGUAGGACGACCUCAUGCCAAUGGCCAAGUCGAAGCAUUUAACAAAAUCAUCUCCGAGGGGAUAAAGAAGAAACUAGAUGAGGCCAAGGGUCUAUGGGCUGACGAGCUGCCAAACGUCUUGUGGUCCAUCCGCACCACUGCCAAAAACUCAACCGGCGAAACCCCAUUCCUGCUAGCCUAUGGUGCAGAGGCCGUGUUGCCCAUAGAAAUGUGUGAACCUACACUAAGAGUCAUGUUAUAUGACGAGAAUGCCAACUGGGAAAUGAUGAAGCUGGCCCUUGAUUUUUUACCUGAAACAACGGUUGCUAAUGGUCCUAAUGGAGUAGUAGUCUCUCUUGUAACCGACUAA